ACCAAAUCAUUGAUGUGACAACCACAAUGAUAGAUAACAAACUUCAUACAAAAACUCAGUUCAAUUGGCUUACCUUUCCUCUUUCUCAAAGGGGCCAAGAAAAAUAAAACAAUUUGAAGGAGGCAAGUUUCUGCAUGUAUAAGUUUUCAACCGAUAUAGCCAUUUCGGAUCAUGAAUCAUUGCAUACCAUGAAAGGAAACAAGCCUCCUACAAAACUUGUGUCUGAUAGCAUUUCAAUGGACUCGCUCUCUUUUAGCGGUCUUGUUUCUAUUCAAGAUCAACAGAAAAACCUCCAUUCUCCUCCUACUAACCAGGCGAAACAGUUCCUGGUAAGCAAACAUGACCAAGAGUUUGAAUUUACUAACCCGAAAGUAAACUUGAAUUCACCUGUCAAUCCAAUCAAGAUCACACCUGCUGAUCAGCUUAUUUCCAAUGGUCAACUUCAACUUCAACCACAAGCAUUUGCAUUUCAAACAACUCAGAAUUUGAUCGUUACUCCAACCAGUUCCUCGAGAUCAUUACUAGCAGCUCAUAGCGGUAGUGAAAUGGCGAGCGGAAAAACAGGCAGCAGUAUGAAAUAUCAUGAACUUGGCAAAGAAAGCAAACAUACAAACAAGCCAAACACUAAGAAGAGGACAGGCUUUUGUCAGAGAAUGAAGUCUUUUCUAUCACCAUGUCGAGAAUGCCGAACUGCUAAGCAAGGUGCUGUUAAAGCACACACUGUUCAAAGAGAAAAUUUGAAAAUAUACUGAUACAAGACUUAUCAUUUGUGCAACUAUUUCUUGCAAGACCAGAAAUUUGCCUUUUUCUAGUUAAGUGGUAUCUGAAAAAAGUACGUGUGUCAUGCUUCAUUUCAGCAUCAGUUACAGCAAUGUUAGGUUAUAUUAGCAUCAACUGAUCAAAAUAAUAUACCUCUAUGCUAUGGAAAUUUUAUCUAUUUUAUAUUA